UCCGGAGCUACUCACGGCUGGCCACGAAAACGCUGCCGGCGCGGGCUACAGAUGUCGGACCCGCAGGCGGCUGAGGGGCCGGGCUUCUGGAGCCCGGCAGCCCGCAGAGGGUCAGCCAGCGGCAUCCGGGAUGGCGCGGGAGUGGAGGGGAGCCAGGCGGCCGCCUCAGAGAAUGAAGAUCUAGAAAACACUGAGAUCACCACACCAGUGGCUUCUGCCUCUGAUCCAGAACCCCAUUCCUCACAUCACAGGCCACAGAUGGUAUCUGCGGGGAGUGAGGAGGCCACAGAAGACCUGCGGAAAGCAACUGGAGCCUUGGAAGCUCAGACCUUGGACCAAGAAUUGCUGCCUGCAGACAAGGCCCAGGUCCUAAACAAGAUGGCCAAGUACCAAGUUCCACAGAGGUCUGGGGACAUUGUUAUGAUCCAGUCUGAGCACACAGGAGCUAUUGAUGUUCUUUCAGCUGAUUUGGAAUCUGCAGAUCUUCUGGGGGACCACAGGAAAGUCUCCCCACCACUUAUGGCUCCUCCAUGCAUCUGGACCUUUGCCAAGAUGAAGGAAUUCAAAAGCAAGCUGGGCAAAGAGAAGAACAGCCAUCUGGUGGUGAAGCGGGGUGAAGUAGUGACCAUCCGGGUACCUACUCAUCCAGAGGGAAAGCGUGUCUGCUGGGAGUUUGCGACUGAUGACUAUGAUAUUGGCUUUGGAGUUUAUUUUGACUGGACCCCUGUAACCAGCACUGACAUAACUGUGCAGGUCAGUGAUUCCAGUGAGGACGAGGACGAAGAGGAGGAGGAAGAGGAGGAGCUUGAAGAUCCUGUCCCAGUUGGAGAUGUGGAGAGAGGCUCCAGGAGCUCCUUGCGGAGUCGCUAUGGGGAGGUCAUGCCUGUGUACCGGCGAGAUAGUCACCGAGAUGUGCAGGCUGGCAGCCACGACUAUCCCGGUGAGGGCAUCUACCUGCUCAAGUUUGACAACUCUUACUCCCUGCUGCGCAACAAGACCCUCUACUUCCACAUCUACUACACUAGCUGAAGGACUGACUGCUGGCACAGGGGC